GACUGUGCGGCGGAAGUCGUCGAAGUACUGUACUGUACUGUAAUGGGCUCUCGGGAGCCAGAGCGCCCGCUGUCCACGCGUCGGAGCGUCGUUCACAGACUCGGGGCGCCGUGAGGCAAGAAGAUCAUCGAGCGACUGACUGACGACCGAGACUGGGAACUCGUCGUGGCCGCGGGGCGCUGCUCGCAGAGUCUCAGCGCCUGCGGACACGGAAGGUACGAUUGUAUCGGGAUCGGCCAUCGCCACAGGGCACAGGAGGGCAGAGGAGCAGGCUGCAGGCUGUGGCACGGCACUGACUGACAGGUAUUCGAUUCGGAUUGCGAAGAAGAAUAUGUGCGUGCAGCUGAAUCGUGUCUCGGGUGGCUGAUUGCGGCGUGGGAUCUGUGAAUGGUCGGUGGGAGGGGCUGUGAGUUAGUGAGUGAGUGAGUGAGUGAUGCUGCGUAUGAUUGGGCAUCGGGUCUCGUGUGCGCCUUUUGUUCAUGCCCGUGAGGCGUUUGGAAUCGAGAAGGGGAGAGUAGUCGGGGUCGGAGUGCGUGCCGCUGCUGCUGCUGCCGCUGGAGGGAAGGAGGGGGAAGUUAGCAGGAGUAGUGAGAUUAGCAUUGGAAGUGGCAGUAGUGGAGAAUUCGUCAAGUCUUUGGCGGAUUUGUAUCCUCGUCUUCCUUGUCGACAUUGUAAAGGUCUGGCUGAGGUUUCUUGUGACAAAUGCACCGGUGAAGGUAAAUUAGCGAAGGGUGGAUGGCACAAGAAAAAUCCUGUCGAUUUGGAUCGGAUAAUUGGAUCCAAAUGGACUGCCAUGGAGAGUACGUUUGGAUGGCGUCACUUCCGAGUGCAUUCCAAACGAAGGGGAUCAGGGAAAGAUUGGUUCGUUGAGAUGAGUGCCACUUGUGAUGAGUCCACGCGGUUUUGGGUCAAUGUAAAAAACUUGAAGGAGAGGGAGAGAUGGAGCAUGGGCUGGCUGCAAAAGAGGGAAAUUAUUGCUGAUAAGGACACUGCUUUUAAGCUUUCUUGUAAAGCUUGUAAGGGUACAGGACGAUUGCCGUGUAUUUGUACCUUGCACAACCCGGAGGAACUAUCUCUCGAGAUCAUCGAGGUCUGACAACACGCAGUGGUUAGGAGACAAUUGUUUAUUCACGUGUACAAUGACAUGUUGAGAAAAUAUCGUUAUUGCUUUACACACAACGAUGUGUACAAUGUAAUCUACUUGGUCACAAGACCGACAACACCAAAAUCUUCUGUAAAAAGACUCGCAGAUUUGUUCCACGAAAUGAGAUGACGUGCGCCGACGUUAAAUUUCGGGUGUCGUAACCCUUCUCAGCGUGAUGGAGUGGCGAGGAAAUGAGUGAUAUCAUGAACCAAAUUAGCAUCACGACUUGCAGACAAUAUGCGAGAGUGGAU